AUUGCUGUAUUUCCACUGCAUUGAUUUCUUUGUCUUUUGCCUUCUCUCCUUUCCGUUGCUCUCUGUUCUUCUGGCCUAUUUUGCCUCCUGCCAUAGGAGAAAACUAGAAAGAAAUAAAAAAGUCGAAUAUCCCCUCAGAGGAAAGGAAACAAAGCGGAGAGAUAGAGAGAGCAACUGAAAGCUUUCAUUUGCAGUAGAAAUGGGUUGAGGGAGUGGCGGAGAGCAGCUGGGAUCUUUUGCACAGCUGCUUGUCGGUGCCUUCUUCCUUUUUUCUUUUUUCAAGAAUUUUUGGAUUUUGGUUACUUAGCUUCUGGUUUUCAUCUGCUAGUGAAGUUGCUAUGCAACGUGCUUGCAAUAUUUCUUUGGUGAUUUAACUUGUACUGAACAACGUUGGAUUACUUUAUUUUCAUUGUUUAUAGGUCAUUGUAAAUUAAGAUGUUAUAUAAUACUAAUCAGUAGAAGUGGAAAGCUUGUUGUUCCUCCUAUCUGCUUCUAGUUUCAUUUGCUGCUUCUUGCUAAAAUCAGCCAGCUAUAUUUUAUUCUGUUUCAACAGUCUAGUUUAUUUGUGAAACUGUUGAUGGCUGAAACCAUGGAGUCUGCUACUUGUUCUGAAUCCAAUCGCUCAUAUUCAUGGUGGUGGGACAGUCAUACUACUCCAAAGAAUUCUAAAUGGCUUCAUGAGAACCUAACAAAUAUGGACGACAAAAUCAAGUCAAUGAUAAAGCUUAUAGAAGAAGAUGCCGAUUCCUUUGCUAGAAGAGCAGAAAUGUAUUAUAAGAAACGCCCCGAGCUCAUGAAAUUGGUGGAAGAAUUUUACCGAGCUUAUCGUGCAUUAGCGGAAAGAUAUGAUCAUGUUACCGGGGCACUUCGCCAAGCUCAUCGGACAAUAUCUGUUGCAUUUCCUAAUCAAAUUCAACUAAUAUUACCAGAUGAACCUCCCUCUGGAUUGCCCGAUUCUGUUGAAGAAGAGAAGGAAACGUUUUCUAUGCAAUCUUAUUCUUUUGGGAAUGCUGAAUCUUCUGAUGAAAUUGAUCCAUUUAUGAGCAAAGAAGAAUGGAAACAUUUGAAUUGCCUGCUUACUGAUGAGGAAGCCCAUAAAAAGCUUACUGAGGGAUUGUUAGUGACAGGUUUGAACUUUAAAGAAGAUGCAGAAAAAAACUCUGAAAUAAAAAAGCUACAAGAAGAAGUUGCCAAUCUGUCAAUAGAGAACGUGAGUCUCAAGAACGAGAUGAUUUCAGAAUCCAUGCGUGCAGAUAAAUCUGAAACCGAGUCACAAGGUUUUAAAGAUGCUGUCUCCAAAUUAAAAUCUCAGUUGGAGGCUGCUUUUCUUCAAUACAAGGUUUCCCAGGAAAGGAUGUCUUACCUUGAGACUGAAAUUUCUCGACGGAGAGAUGAAGCUCAUCAUCUUAAUGAUGAGAUGAGCAUAAAAGUAACAAAACUUAAUAUUGCAGAGGAUCGAUGUCUUGAUCUUGAAAAAGAAAAUAGCUCUUUAAGAUUGGAGGUGAGUAAGUUCAAUGAGGCUGUGUCAAAGCAAAUGGAGGAGGUUUCAGAUUUGUUUAAGGAGAAUCAGAAUCUCCAUAACACAGUCAAAUUGGAGUCUUUGCGUGCAGAAAAAGCAGAAGCUGAGUCAUGUAGAUUGAGAGAUUCUGUUUUAAAAUUAAAUUCUGAGUUGGGAACUUCACUUCUUCAAUACAAGGUUUCCCAGGAGAGGAUAUCUGAUCUGGAAGCUGAAAUCUGUCGCACUAGAAACCAGUUUCAGGAUUUUAAUGUUGAGAUGUCUAAAAGAUCCUUUAAACUCAACACGGCUGAAGAGCAAUAUAUUGUUCUUCAGGAAGAAAACAAAUCUUUGCAAUCUACUGUUGAUAGACUUGAAAUGAUAGUGGCAAAACAAGUGGAAGAAGUCACCUCAAGAGAGGAUGAAUUUUGCAAACUGAAGCAAUUCAUUGAAGACGAACAUCAGAGAUUUAAAUAUGCUGGAAUCCAGGAAAGAUUGUCUUUACAGACGGAGCUAAAUAAACUCAGAGAAAGAAUUACCGGGCAUGAGGAAGUGAUUGCUGCGAGGGAAAAGGAGUUGGAUCAGCUCAAGCAAUCCUUGGGGGAUGAACAGCAACGGCGCAUGAUUGCUGAAAUAGCUAAUCAGUCACUGAAGAGAAUGUGUUCUCAAUCUGAGGAAAAAAUAAGGCUUUUGGGCUUCGAGAUUGGAAGCGGAUCUGAACUUCUGACAAGAAUGGAACUGAAUAAAACUAGAUUGGAAGAGGAAAUUAAGAGACUACAUGAUGAAAACAAUGAUUUGAAUGAGAAAAGCUUCUCUUCUAUCUCAAAGAUCGUUGCCCUACAAGAUCAGAUACAUUCUCUAAGGAGGUCAAAGCUAAAAAUUGCAGAUGAACUAAGAUUCCAUCUGGAUGAAAAUAAAAGUCUUCAGCAGGAGCUUUCUUUUCUCAAAAUUGAGAGCAAUAAUUUAGAGGAAAGGCAUCAUGAACUAAUGGAGCAAAUAGUCGAAGUCAACUUCAAUGUGGUUUCUCUUCAGGCAUUGGUUCAGGAAUUGGUUGAGGGAAAAACAGAACUGAAAGAUGCAUGCAAGAAACAUGAGGGUGAAAAACCCUUUAAUUUGGAGGAUUUGAGACCUAUGGAGAGCCUAUCAGUAAAGAAAUAUCUUCUUUUGGAGCAUUCUUUGUCUGAUGUAACUGCUGGGUUGGAAUGGUUGAGAGAGAAGAUCAAGGGAUUACAGGAGUGCUGUAAAUCUCUACAUGGAAAUGUUUUAAGCCAUGCAUCUGACAACAAUGUGAUGGUAUCUCAUGCUGAGGCUGUUAUAAAAAAUAUCAAGAAGCUUUCAGAUAAAAGUACACUUUUUGAAAACUCAUUGUCCGAAAAUAUUUUUGAGUUUGAAGGCUUGAGGGAGAAGGUAAUAGCCUUGGAAGAGUCCUUCAAGUCUCUAUAUGACCAGAAUUGCUAUCUUAUUGCUGAAAAUAAUAACCUUGUUGCUCAGGUGGAAAAGAACGAAGAACAUCUGGAGAGCUUGGAGAAUCGUUUUUCAACCUUUGAAGGCAAACAUGUGAAUGUGGAUAAUGAGAAGGAUCUGACACUUUAUCAGGUGGAGGAAUUGAAGGGUCUGUUGAAGUUAGCAAAAGAAGAUCAUGAAAACCGUUUCCUUUUCUUCAAGAACCAAACUAGCGCUUUGAAUAAUCAGAUUCACAUAUUGAAAGAAAAAAAUCAGCUUAUAAAUGAGGAGCUCGAGUAUGGGCUGCAUAAAACAGUGAACGGUGAUUUUGAUUGCUUUAUAACGCAGCAAAUUUUGUAUGACAUAUACGAAAAAAAUCUUACUCUUUCAGAUGAAUGUCAGAAACACAUAGAUAAAUUAAGGUGUGUGGAGAAACUUACUUCGGAACUCAGACAGGAUCAGUCAACACAAGAGAAAAAACUAGGUUCACUAGUGGAGCAUAAUAGGGAGCUUUUUGAGUGGGUUCAUGUGAUGGUAAGGGCAUUCGAUGCAAAAGAGGACAGUGAGGCUUCUAAUGCUGGUUAUAAGAAUAUGGUGCAGUUUAUUUCCCAUAAAAUGAACGCUUCAGUUACAGAAUCCAAUGAAGAAUCCCAUCACGUUCAUCUUGAGAAAUCCCCUUUUACUGUUCUUUUAGAGGAGCUUGGCCUGAGUUUUGUAGAAUUGAGAGCGCAUAAAAAUGUUCUUGAGAAAGAAUCUGAAAAGAAAAAUGAAGAAAUUUCUGUUCUCCACAACAAGUGUUGUGAACUCAUGGAGGUAAAUGAGCAACUGAGGAAGGAUUUGAAUACUAGCAAUCAACAAAAAGAAGAUCUAAAAGCUGAAUUGGAGAAAACUCAUCAAAAGUUAUCAGAGAUGCCGAGCAAUUUUCAUGGCGAAAUCCCCAAGUUGUUUGCAGAAAGUGAGUGUGUAUCAAGUAAAUCUUUUGAGUUAAGGGAGCAGACCGAUUCACAGGAAGAGGAGCAUGAAGCCAUCUUUGAAGAAUUUAUGAUCCAUGAGAACCUCUUUUGUAAUUUCGGAAGUUCUGAUGCUGAGAAAUCUUCAUUACUUGAUCAGUUAAUUGAUGAUGUGUACAAUCUUCAUGGGAUCACAAAUGACCUUGGUCAGGAUAUCAGAGUAAUAAAUGAAAAUUUGAGAGCUCUACAAAAUGAGAAUAUGCAUCUUAGGGACUUAGCUGUUAAUUUUGAGACCAGAAAUUCUAUAUUGCUAGAGGAUGAUAUCCACAGAAUGAGUGAAGUUUUUGGGAAACUGAACCCACAGAGUGACGCUAGGAAGAAUCUGUUAGAGCAGACAAUCAUGGAGUGGUCGGAUACACAUCCGAGGAUCCAAAACAUGCAACUCAAUAACAAAAAUUUGUGUAUUAAUUUAGAAGGUCUUAUAGAGGAGCUGGACAAGGCUAAUGUUGCACGGGAAGAGUUGGAGGAAAAAAAUCUACUUUUAUCUAAAGAAAAUGUCUGCAUAGUUGAUGAGAAGGAAUUCCUUCGCCAAUCUAAUGAGAAACUUGUUGGAGAGAUCUCCAGAUUGCGUACAGAAACUGAAGCACUAAGAAGGAGAGAAAAGAACUUGACUUCUGAACUCCUGAGAGCAAAAGAUGUAAGUAGGUGCAUUGAAGAAGAAUCUGCAGCAUAUUUACUUGAUAUUAAUGUUGCAUCAAUCAAUGAAUUGGUAUUUAAACAGAAGUUUGUUGAGCUGAUGGUCAAAAUUAAGAGCCUUGAGGCCAGUGAAUAUGUGCAACCUAAGAUAGCAUUAGGGGAAAUUUCUCCCAGUAAUGUUGAAAGGGAUGAUUUAGUGAAAAAAGUUAAUGACCUUGAAAAAGAAAAUAUUGGACUGAAGGCAGAGUUGACUGCUUAUCUUCCUCAUCUCGUAUCUUUGGAUAAUGAUAUUGCCUCUUUGGAAGAGGACAGUCUUUCACUGGCAAAUGAUCACAUCCUCAGCAGUAAGAGAAAACAGGGUAAUAAUUUAUUGGCAACACUUCAGCGGAAGAGAUUUAGCCAAGUAAGAGGUAAAGAUCAUAUUUCCAAAGCCUCAGCAGGAAUCGUGGAGCUGAAGAAAAUGCAUGCAAAGGUUAAGCAACUUCAGAUGGCAGUAACAGAUACUACGAGGAUUCUCGCACAAGAAGAAAUUGUCACUGAUACUAACUUUGUAAGUGAAACAAGAAAAUCCAAAGCGAGAAGAUCAAAGGGAAGCAGAAGCGCACGUGAAAAGGAAACAGAAAAGAAGAAAGAUGUUAUCUUGGAUACAAGAAAGAGUACUGCAGCUGACAAAGGUGUUAGACUGAUAAAAAUUGACCAGGAAGUAUCCAAAGUGAAGCAUAAACAGAUGACAAAAGACAUAGAACUUGAUCAUAUUUUAAGCAGCUUUAGAAGUGAAGAUGAUCCCAAUUCUGAGACUGAUCAGCAAGCAUUUGAAAUGUUGGAUCCUGCAACCGAUAAUGUUGAAGAACAUCAAAAGAUUGACAUAAUGGAGGGAGAAAGAAGUGAAAAUCCUUCUUCUGAACUAGUUCUGGAGAAAGAGUUUAGUGUUGACAAGCUACAGAUGCCGAUAAACGAUACCAGAUCCCAUCAGGAAUGGAGUAGAAGGGUAACUGAAACUCUUUCUUCUGAUGCUCUGAGAUUAUCUAUCCUACAGGAAAAUUUAGAGGAGCUGAAAAAGAAAAUCGAAGUUUCUGAAAUGAGCAGUCAAUCUCCAAGUUCUGCAUCAAACAGCAUUACUGAACAGUUAAAAAUUUCCAAAGGAGUUAUCAAGCAGUUGAUUGAUAUCAACUUCAAACUUACUAAAAUGGCUGGCGACUUCUCUGUAUCUUUGGAUGACAAUGAAGGAAGAAGACAAAUCUCAGAGCGUGUUCAAAUAGCUUCAGAAAAGAUUGAUGUGGUUGAGCUGGAACUCGAGAGCACACAGUUCCUCUUGUCAAAACUCCUGGAAGAACAAGAAAGCAAGGCACUCAAAGCCUUGCAGAGGAAAUCAAGAUUCCCCUUGAAGAGCUUCAUAUAUUGGAAAAGAAAUGAUUCAAGGCAAAAGAAGCGACGUUUUUGUGCUUGCAUGAGGCUCAAUACCAAGGGUGACUAACUACCUACCUACUUUUUUAAGCUUAAUUUGCUAGUGGAAGUCCUUUGUAUGUAUGAUUAAUCAACAUGAAGAACAUAAGGGUUUAUAUCAUAUUGAUGUUCUUCUAGUAAUUGAUUUCAUGUAAUGGAGUUUUCUCCAUUACAUGAUCAUGUUCAUUCUGAUCCAUCUUACUUAUUAAGACAAAUUGUGUAAUGGACUGUAAAUUUGGUGGAUGGUUAGGCCUUUGUGAUUGACCAGUGGUGAAAUGAUUGUGUAAUUAUAUGAAUGCAUCAUGUUUUGUAUUUGUUGUAGAGAUGUUUGUAUUGAUUAUGCUUU